UCCAAAGAAAGUGUCCCAUUAGCUAUGUACAGAGCACGAGAAUCAUGCAUAAUUAGGCAGGGGUAAUGCACGAGAAGAUGCUAAUUUGCAUUAAGGAAAGCUGUUAUUCCCAGGCUAGCUGUCAUAUUUGACUUGAGCCGAAGGCAGAAGGUGGGAUUCUUCUUGGAGGGCAGCGCAAACCCAAAAGGGGAUGGAUUCUUGAAGGCUUCCAUGAAGGUACAAGUAAGCCAUAGUUAAUGCAAGGCUUGGUGCCCCUUGGAGCUGCUGCUUCUCUACAAAUACAUUGCGCGCCAUGGACGGCGACUUGAAGGCGCUGAGGGUUCAGUUUUCUGGAGUAGAAAAGAGAGACAAAGGUGGGGAAGCUUCUACAAUACUGCCACAAGAAAACUCGGCUCCUGGAAGAGCGCAAAUGGAUAGCGGAGACGAAUACAACGCUAUAUUCGCAGCCACAAUUGCCGCAGCGGCAUACGCAAUCGCAGCAGAAGAAGAGAAACAGAAGGCCAGCCCUGUUCAGCUGCCAUCCAAGAGAGGUGAAAGCAUGAGAAAGCCUACAGGAGGCAGCAAGAUCUCAAGAUGGUUCAGUGCCAAAGAGCGUGCAGAAGAUGCUGACGAGGGACCAGCCAACGUAUCGGUAAGGAGGCCACUGAAACCAGAACAGAGGAAGCCCGGAGGCACGGGUUCAGACCAGAAGGUGCCAUUGCCACUUCCACCAAAGAUGCAUGAUUCUUCUGUGGGAGCAAAAAAGGCUCCAGGAUCCUCCAGAAAAUCACCAGAGAAGAAAGGAAGCAAGAGGUUUGAGCAGGAGCAGGCAGUUCAGAGGGUACCAACCGCUGUCAGGCCAGCAACAUCAUAUCAGUCUAGGCGGAACGACGAUGGCGCAGCAGGAGUAACUGCUAUUGCCGGCACACAGAGCAAGGCUGAUGCAUGGGAGAAGGAAAGGCUUGCUAGAGUCAGGGAGGAGUACGAAAAGAUGAUGGAAACCAUAGCCGAGUGGGAGACUGAGAAGAAGGUGAAGGCCAAGCGCCAAAAAGAACAGAAAGAGGUUGCGUUGGACAGAAAGAGAGCGAAACAAUUGGCAGAGUACAAUCAGGAAAUGACAAGGAUCAACAAAAUCGCUGGAGGAGCAAGGUCAAUGGCAGGGGAAAGGAAAUACGAGGAUGAGAAAAAGAUCAGAGAGAAGGCCAAGAAGAUACGAUCAACAGGAAAGUCUCCCCGUGGAUGCUGCUUUUGAGACAUUGCCAUUCUACAAAAUUUGAAACGAAAUGGACGGCAUGACUUGAAUGUGAUAUAAGUCUCACAACAGCCAUGUACUGUAUCGUAUUAUAAAAUGUAUUUGUUUUGAUGAGUGAUAAGAGUGUAGAGUUGCAUCCAACAUGCAAUUGCAUUGUAUCAGGAUCAACAUAAGAAAGUUUGAAGGGUGUGGAUGAUGAAAA